CAUAGGUGGUCACAGCGCGUUAUGUGCGCUCACCUCCCUGUAGAUGGAAUAAGCUGCAGAAAACUGGGACAGCUCUGUUCCUCUGAGAUCGGCUGUAAUUAACCUGGAUCUGCGUGUUGGUACUUUUGCCACGUAAAGGUUGAUUUUUAAGAAAUGGCCUAACCAGUUCCAGUCUGAAGUCUGGGUUCGGACCAGUUGUUGAAGGACAGCUCUAGGGGCCUGAAGAGAGGCUUCCCGGACUGCGGUCACUGGUCUUCACUGCAGAAGCCAAUGGAUCAUGGUCUGUUUGAGAUGGAGGGCAACGCGAUAUCACAAGUUCACGUUGACGGCUUUGAUCUCUGUGACAACUUGUCAAACUCGGAGGCCCUCACCGCCCAAACGCAAAACCUCAAUGAGACGCUGGCACAAACACUCCCUCUUCCCCAAAACGAUGAGGGACGAACAUGCAGCCUCGUCCAGAAACCCUCUCCGGACAACAAUGAAAAGGAGGAGGAAACGGGGAUAGGGGGAUACUCACUAGGAAGCAGAGACGUGGAUCAGGAGGAAGAUGUGGAUGAAGUGAUGAAGGAAGAAGAGGAGGACGAAUCUGAGGCGUCAAGUUCUUUGACAUGCUGCCAAUCUCCAGACAAUCUGAUGACUGAUUCCUCUUAUUCGGAGACAGGCAGUCUGUUGGAAACUCCAUUUCCCUUCAGCCCCGGGACCAGUCCAGAGCCUGCAUCCCCCGUUAUCCCAGUCAUCAGUCCAGAAACUCUACAUCCCAUUAAUUCAUUGGAACUGAGUCAAAGCGGAGAGGAAGUCAUUUCCUAUUCCACCAGCUCUGGGUUGGACUCAGCCGCAGUAGAGUCGGCCAUCUGCAGUCAAGCGGCUACAUUUUCCACAGAGUCGGUGGGUGUAACCUCAGACACUCAGCUUGACGGCUCUUCUGGGACCAGAUGUAACACAGUCGCCUCUGAUGCAACAUUAAAAGACUCCUGUCCAGAACAGCUUACCUCUUCCAAGGAUCCCGUCUCCAACUGUGGGCCUGCUUUGACUGGAGUGACCAGCAGCUCAAGUACUGGACCGGUCACCAACAGAGAGCCCUAUGCCUUCACUACAGGGAGUCAUACCACAGCCAUGUCCUCAAAUCAGGAACAGUUUACCUCCAGUCCAGUUGCUGAUUAUUCUUCAGUCUCGACCUCGUCAACAGGGUCUGCUUUAAGCCCAACUCUCCUAGCGUCUCUGGAACAGAUGUCAGAAAGAGAUGAUGAUGCCCACCUUCCUCAGUACCUUCACCAGAUCGCCGAGGCCUUCGUCCUUCAGAAAGACUACCAGCGAGCGUUGUUGUUUAUCCAGCUAGAGCAGCUUUACCACCAGAGAGUGUUGGAAAACCUGAAUGCACUUCAACAGCAGUGGGUGAGUCACUGUGGAGGAGCGUCCCCUGAGCUGGCAGCCACACACCUGGACUCUCUGAAACACAUCUGCCAGACACACUCCAGACCGAGGACACAAGAUGCUGAGGUUGCUCUUUUGGACAAUUUGAGCCUUCAGUUUGGCGGAGGGGUUUCCCGCCCUUCAUGUAUCUCAGCUCAUCAGGUUAAAGGAAGGAUGGAGCAGAGAGACGAGGAUUCGUCCUGUCCUCCUGUGCUUUCCGACAAUUUGAUUAAAAGGCUCAGUUCACCUGAAACGGACCGGAAACCCCCGAAUGGAAACUCACAGAGGACGUCUUAUGGUUCCGAUCAGACUCGAAGGCAAGCUGACGGCAGAGAGGUGAAGGGAGUGGGAGAGCGCGCCGCUUCAACUCGGGGAAACGGGCUGCACCCCUCCGCAGCUGAGCGAAUGGAUCGCUCCAGCCCCGCAGAGCAGCUGGAGGAAGAUUUAGGUCCGGCUCGGGAAGCAGAGGCAAAGGAGGAGGAAGAGGAGGAGAAGGAGGAGGACGGGAGUGAGGUGGAGGAGGCAGCAGAGGCUCUGGAGAUGGAAGACGAGGGGACGGAGGACGACGACGAGGAGAAGCAGAGCGAGCUGGAUGCUCUUUUGAGUCAGGAAGCUCCCACAGUGGAGACUCUGGUCAGUGGGGCAGAACUGCAGCUGCACAGCGAGAAGCUACACCUUUACCAGGACACUCAGGAGGACUCUGAGAGCUGCCUGAGCGAGGAGGCGCUCCCUUCCCAGGAGGCCGAUUUGGAGCAGCAAGAACAAUAUCCAGAGGAGAGGGAGGAAGAAGAGGACUACGACUUCAUCAGGAGAGCUCCUUCCCUGGACGAAAUGGCGAAGCUCAUCACGGUGGAGGAGAUGUCCCCCGCCGCUGGACUUGUCUCCAUCUUGAAGAAGCAAAGUGUGUAUGUGGACAGCCUGACUACGUCUGCUGACCCAGAACCCACACAGGAGAAACCCACCGCCAAGAGACGCGUCCGCUUCAAAGUUUCUGAUGAUACCUAUGAUCAUGAAGUUGGCGGUGGCGACUCCUGUCUGCUGCUCUUCCUCCUCUGUCUGGUUACCGUCGUCAUCAGUGUCGGCGGCACCGCCCUCUACUGCGCUCUGGGGGACGCCCAGUCCUCCGUCUGCCAGGACUUCUCCAGAAACGCAGACUUUUACUUCGGCCAGAUCCGUCGGGGGAUAAACCGGCUGCAGCACUGGUAUUCCUCCGGGUUGUAGCAGAAAUCCCCUGAUGGGUGUUGAGGUAAUGUUCCUCGUGAAGAGCUUACUGCCAUUUAUUGAGUGGCUAGUCGUCUCCUUCGGAUGCAUUUGGCGUUUUCAAACGCGCAAUGUCGACGCUCUGCAAACACAAUUCCAGUGCACUUUUAAAAAACAUGUUUCAGAUGCUCCGUUCACGGAGAAUUCUGAAGAAAAACUAAAAUACUUAACUUGUGGUGUCUUAAUUUUUGUACGACAGAAAAUCUGUCAGCUUUCUUACUUUGUCCGUCAAAAUUAAAAAUCUUAUGUGCACAAAUGUUGCUGAGAGAAGUUUAAUACCUCAGCUUCAAACGAAUUUACCAACGAAUGCGUAAAAUAAUGUCUGAUUUAAUCUCAUUAAGUGUUUUGUAAUUUGUGCAACAAAAGGUGUUGCUUUUACUGUAGUUUUUUUUAAAAGACAGAAAAUGUAACUUGAGAGAUAAAUCUUUGCAUCUGUCUGCUACUUCGAAUGAAAUCACUUUGUCCUAAGUGUUUCUUAAAAAUACAAAUGAAUGUUUGGAGCUUAAUUAUAAACUUUGCUAUGAGACAUCUUUAAAAAUCAUUGUGAAAUUUUAUUAUUUACCAUCCGUGAAUUGCUAAUGGCGUACAAUCAUGUUUUAUUUGUUCUACGUUGGUGAAAAGAAAAAUAAAAAAUGGUGUGAAAUAACUUAUUUUAACUUUUUCGUUGCGUUUGCAAUGAGCAGUUCCCUGCUGCUUGAUCCGACUCGGCGGCAUGCUUUAACUCUCUUGAGUUUCACUGAGCAGGAUUUGGUUUUGUGUAGCAUAUUUAAGACGUAGAGAAAACGGUGCACAUCUGUACAUGCUGUCAAAUGAUUGUCUAUCAUGUUGCACAUGAGAACGGUACUUUUUAAGAAAAUAUUUUUGAAGAUUUUGCAAUAUUUCUACACGCAUUUCUUUCUGUUAGGAGUUGACAUCGUCAGACAGCCGUUCGUUUGCACAGACCACUUCAACAGAAAACUCAUGAACUACUUAAGUGUUUGUGUCAAAAUAUGAAAUGUUUUAUCGAUGAGAAACAAAAAAAUAUAUAUUGUUAACGUUAUUUACUUGGUGUAGAUAAUCGAUGCAGGACCACAUGAAGCUCUAUCUGCCUGUGUGUUUGUUCUUUCAGGGAAUUCUGGGAAUUAAUCCGCUAAAACAUCCGGUUUGUUCUGGUAGAUUUUCCCAAAAGUAAUUUUAGGAAAUCAGAAUGACUUUCCACCACUUGGUCUUCCAUAUAUAACACAGAUUUUGUUCUUUAUUUAUUGUCUUUGUAAACCUUAGUUUUGUCUCGUUGAGGUGAUUAUGUAGCCUACUAGCCUCUUUCGAUUCGAUUUUAAGGCGUAAAUUCAUUUUUGCAAUGAAUUGCAUUGCUUUCUUUGGUUUUGUGGAGGAUAAAUUAACAAAAAAUACCCGUGGAAAUCCUCAAAUCUCAUAGAAAAGUGGACAAACAUCUGUAAAAGAGGGAAUAUGAAUGUUUCUCUAAUCUUUACUUAAAGGGCUCAUAUCGUCUAUUAUUUAACUUUUGUUUUCAGAGUCAUUUCCAUGAUUGAAAUGUCCAAAAUAUGAAAGAGAAAAAACAAGAAGCUGCACAUAAUAAACCUUGUUAAAGUUUGCUUUCUUUGCUGUUACCAGAGCUGGGCAGAGUACCAAAUAUUUUACUCAAAGUUUAUUUAUAUUGCACAUUUACUACAGCCUCAGCAGAGCAAAUGCUUCACAACAUCACAAGUAUAUAAAUGAUGAUAUAGAAAAUAACAUUUCAGUUUAGUAAAAAUAAUACAACAAUUAUAAAACUGACAAAAAUACCAAAAGCCAAGACAAUACUUAACUUUAGCCCCAGUGAUUUUCUUCUGUCCUUUAACUUUUCUCUUUAAUUGGUGCUGAAGGCCAAGAAAAUAGAGUAGCACGACUUUGACAUAUUUCUAACCAGGCAAAAGUAGUCUGGUUAAAAAUAUCCCAAGAAAGAAAUAACUAUAGCAAAAUCUAAACUUAUUUUGUGUGACUGAGGUCAAACUGUUGUGUUCACAGCCAAACAGACUUUAAAAAUAAACUGGAAGAAGAGCUAAAAGGAAAUAAACAAUAU